CCCGCCUCUCUCCGCACCCUGAGCUUCUCCGGCUUGCAGGCAGCUAGCGGCGGCUGAGGAAGUUUUUAAAAUGAAGAAGUUUAAUUUCCGAAAAGUUUUGGAUGGCUUAACUGCCUCCUCCCCUGGCAGUGGUAGCAGCAGUGGCGGUAACAGUGGUGGUGGGCCUGGAAGUGGUUCCAUGCACUCAGGAGGGACUGCAGGGGUUCUCAGAGAAGAGAUUCAGGAAGCUCUGACUUCAGAGUAUUUCCAGAUUUGCAAGACAGUUCGGCAUGGUUUUCCUUAUCAGCCCACAGCGUUAGCCUUUGAUCCAGUUCAGAAAAUCUUGGCUAUUGGGACAAGAACAGGUGCUAUACGAAUACUCGGGAGACCUGGUGUUGAUUGUUAUUGCCAACAUGAAAGUGGUGCAGCUGUCCUGCAGCUCCAAUUCUUAAUCAAUGAGGGUGCUUUAGUCAGUGCAAGUUCAGAUGAUACACUUCAUUUGUGGAACCUUAGACAAAAAAGACCAGCUAUUCUUCAUUCUCUUAAAUUUAAUCGAGAACGAAUUACUUACUGUCAUCUACCUUUCCAGAGUAAAUGGCUCUAUGUUGGAACAGAAAGAGGAAACACACAUAUUGUAAAUAUUGAAUCUUUUAUUCUUUCUGGAUAUGUUAUCAUGUGGAACAAGGCAAUUGAACUAUCCACAAAGACUCAUCCAGGUCCAGUUGUACAUUUAAGUGAUAGCCCAAGAGAUGAAGGGAAACUUCUAAUAGGUUAUGAAAAUGGUACUGUGGUAUUCUGGGACUUGAAAUCUAAAAGAGCAGAACUGAGAGUUUAUUAUGAUGAGGCUAUUCAUUCAAUUGAUUGGCAUCAUGAGGGCAAACAGUUCAUGUGCAGCCACUCAGAUGGUAGCUUGACUUUAUGGAACCUGAAAAGUCCGAGUCGUCCUUUCCAGACCACAAUUCCACAUGGAAAAAGUCAAAGAGAAGGAAGAAAAUCUGAAUCUUGUAAACCAAUUCUUAAAGUAGAAUACAAGACAUGUAAAAACAGUGAACCAUUUAUAAUCUUUUCUGGUGGACUGUCCUAUGACAAAGCUUGCAGAAGACCAAGUUUAACCAUCAUGCAUGGAAAAGCCAUUACAGUACUUGAAAUGGAUCAUCCUAUUGUUGAAUUUCUAACUUUAUGUGAAACACCCUAUCCAAAUGAAUUUCAAGAACCCUAUGCGGUCGUAGUACUUCUGGAGAAAGAUCUCAUUGUAGUUGAUCUGACACAAAGCAAUUUUCCAAUCUUUGAAAAUCCGUAUCCCAUGGACAUUCACGAAUCACCAGUUACGUGCACAGCCUACUUUGCUGACUGCCCACCAGAUUUGAUUCUAGUUCUCUACGCUAUAGGAGUCAAGCAUAAAAAACAAGGAUACAGUAAUAAGGAGUGGCCCAUCAGUGGAGGAGCAUGGAAUCUUGGAACACAAACAUACCCAGAAAUUAUUAUUACCGGUCAUGCAGAUGGAUCAAUAAAAUUUUGGGAUGCUUCUGCAAUAACUCUGCAGAUGCUGUACAAGCUAAAAACUUCAAAAGUGUUUGAAAAACAGAAGAUAGGAGAAGGAAAACAAACAUGUGAAAUUGUAGAAGAAGAUCCAUAUGCCAUUCAGAUGAUUUACUGGUGUCCAGAGAGCAGAAUAUUCUGUGUUUCUGGAGUCUCUGCGUAUGUUAUAAUUUAUAAAUUCAGCAGACAUGAAAUCACCACAGAAAUAGUGUCAUUAGAGGUACGACUUCAAUAUGAUGUUGAAGAUAUUAUUACCCCAGAAACAGAAACAAGUCCUCCAUUUCCAGAUGUUUCAUCUCAGCUUCCUUCUUCAAGGAGUCUUUCUGGGAGCACUAACACUGUGGCUAGUGAAGGAGCAACAAAGGACAGUAUCCCAUGUCUCAAUGUUAAGACACGACCAGUGAGGAUGCCUCCAGGUUAUCAAGCAGAACUUGUUAUUCAGUUGGUGUGGGUGGAUGGUGAACCCCCCCAACAGAUUACUAGUCUUGCUGUAAACUCAGCAUAUGGAAUAGUUGCAUUUGGGAACUGCAAUGGGUUGGCUGUGGUGGAUUUUAUACAGAAGACAGUACUGUUAAGCAUGGGGACCAUUGACCUAUAUAGAUCAAGUGACCUAUACCAACGACAACCACGGUCUCCUCGAAAAAACAAGCAAUUCAUUGCAGACAACUUUUGCAUGCGUGGCCUCUCUAACUUUUAUCCUGAUUUAACGAAACGGAUCCGUACUUCCUAUCAGAGUUUAACUGAGCUGAAUGACAGUCCAGUGCCCCUGGAACUUGAGCGCUGCAAAUCUCCCACUUCAGGACUUCCUACCAGAACUCCUGAGGCAGCACCAGGCUUUUAUAGGAAUGAAAUACCAGCUCUGAGACAGAGGAAUCAAGUACAUCAUUUGCCAGUUAAAGGAUCAAGAAAGUUAAGUCUGCCAACAGAUCUUAAGGCUGAUCUUGAUCAUGUAAAUGGACACUGCACAAGUCCAACUUCUCAGACUUGCAGUUCUGGAAAACGACUUUCUAGUGCUGAUGUUUCAAAAGUAAAUCGCUGGGGUCCUGGAAGACCACCAUUUCGAAAAGCACAGUCGGCUGCUUGCAUGGAGAUUACUUUACCAGUUACAACAGAAGAAAGCCGAGAAAAUUCCUAUAAUCGUUCUAGAAGUUCUAGCAUCUCCAGUAUUGACAGAGAUUCUAAAGAAGCAAUUACAGCACUGUACUUCAUGGAGUCCUUUGCUCGGAAAAAUGACUCAGCCAUCUCCCCUUGUUUGUUUGUUGGAACUAGUCUUGGAAUGGUGUUAAUCCUCUCCCUGAACCUACCUUCAGCAGAUGAACAAAGACUCACAGAGCCAGUCAUGGUAUUGCCAACUGGUACAUUCCUCUCCUUGAAAGGAGCUGUGCUAACAUUCUCCUGCAUGGAUCGAACUGGUGGGUUAAUGCAACCACCCUAUGAGGUUUGGAGGGACCCAAACAACAUAGAUGAAAAUGAAAAAGCUUGGAGAAGGAAGCUGGUCAUGAACUGCCCCUCUCUGUCACAAGAAGUAGGAGAUCAUCAGUAUAUAAUAAUCUGCUCAGAAAAACAAGCCAAAGUUUUCUCACUGCCUUCUCAGACUUGCCUUUAUGUUCACAACAUCACCGAGACAUCUUUUAUACUGCAAGCAGACGUGGUGGUCAUGUGUAACAGUGCCUGCUUGGCAUGCUUUUGUGCCAAUGGGCAUAUCAUGAUAAUGAGCCUACCUAGUCUCCGCCCAAUGUUGGAUGUUAAUUAUUUGCCACUGACAGACAUGAGGAUAGCACGGACAUUCUGUUUCAGCAAUGAAGGACAGGCAUUGUACCUCGUCUCUCCUACUGAAAUCCAGCGGUUAACGUACAGCCAAGAGAUGUGUGAUAAUCUACAGGACAUGCUGGGAGAUUUGUUUACUCCCAUAGAGACACCAGAAGCUCAAAACAGAGGUUUUCUAAAGGGACUGUUUGGUGGAAGUGGACAAACAUUUGACAGAGAAGAGCUCUUCGGGGAAGCUUCCGCGGGAAAAGCAUCCCGCAGCCUUGCGCAGCACAUUCCCGGGCCCGGGAUCGAAGGGAUGAAAGGCGCUGCCGGCGGGGUGAUGGGAGAGCUGACGCGCGCUCGGAUCGCCCUGGACGAGAGGGGACAGAGGCUGGGAGAGCUGGAGGAGAGAACUGCAGGCAUGAUGACCAGUGCAGAAGCAUUUUCCAAACAUGCACAUGAGUUAAUGCUGAAAUACAAGGAUAAAAAAUGGUACCAAUUCUAAACUUCUAAAGAAGCUGUG